AUGAAGGUGAAAGAACUGAAGAAGACCGUGAACGUGAGCUGGUCACCAGCAGAGCAGUAUCCGCCGAUGCUAGCUGCCGGCUCAGCGGCGCAGCAAGUAGACGCGACUUUUAGUUCAAAUUCUGUACUAGAAUUGUAUUCUUUAAAUUUGGAGGAUCUCGGACUUGAUUUAGAACUUAAAGCCAGCUUACAGACACAGCACAAAUUUCAGAAGAUAGUUUGGUCUGGUGCAGGAACAAUUGUUGGUGGUUGUGAUGGUGGCUUGUUACAAUUCUACAAUGCUGAGAAGGUCUUGAAUAGCUCACCUGAUGCUCUUAUUGGAAGUAGCACUAAACAUAAUGGUAAUGUAUCUGCUUUGGAUAUCAAUCCAUAUCAAAAGAAUCUCCUUGCAUCCGGAGCAUCAGAGAGUGAAAUCUUCAUUUGGGACCUGAACAACACAAGUCAACCAAUGGCACCGGGUAACAGAAGUCAGCCGUAUGAGCAUGUCCAGGGAUUAGCGUGGAAUCAACAGGUGCAACAUAUAUUAGGUUCAACAUUUGCAACAAGAUGUUUAGUAUGGGAUUUGAGGAAGAACGAACCUAUAAUGAAAUUAAGUGAUUCCCAAUCGCGGACGAGAUGGCGAAGCCUCUCCUGGCAUCCUGAAGUGGCAACACAGCUCUGCAUAGCUUCAGAAGAUGACCAGCUGCCGGUCGUCCAACUUUGGGAUCUGAGGUUGGCAGCAUCUCCGCUUGUGACGCUAGAAGGUCACGGAAAAGGCGUCCUUGGUUUAUCAUGGAGCAGACAUGAUCCAGAUUUAUUGCUCAGCGCUGGCAAGGAUGGACGGUUGCUCUGUUGGAACCCAAAUAAUACUAAACCAGGUGGCGAAUUAGUAGUGGAAGUUUGCCAGCAAUCCCAAUGGAUGUUCGACGUGGCGUGGUCCCCCCGUACCCCAGGUCUUCUAGUGGCUGCUUCUGGCGAGCAGCACGUCGCUCUACACACCCUGCUGGGCGGCACUAGAGCUGAUCGGCAAAGUGCACACACACAGAGCAACAUAAUGGAGUCCUUCGGGGGUGCUGACUCAUUCGCUGCAUUGCCAGUGGUCACGAGGGCCCCGCCGCAGGAAGCACAAGCCCCGCAACCGACUAGAGCGCCUGCUUGGCUUAAGCGGCCUAGAGCUGCUAAAUUUGCUUUUGGCGGUAAAUUGGUGACGUUCGAAAAAUGCCCACAAGACGAGGGUUCACGAAAGCUCGUUCAAAUCAAUCAGGUGGUAACGGAACCUGAGCUGGUGGAGAAGUCGGUGGCGUUGGAACAAGUUUUGGCACUGACGCUUAGUAGAGACCCGCAGGCAGCAGAUAGGCUUGCAGAAUAUUGUCGCGAACAAGGCGAUUCUUCCGGGGACCAACACGAACGGUAUACGUGGUUCUUUUUGCGAGCCAACUUCUUACCUACCUUCCGAACGGAGGUCCUUAAUUUACUUGGUUACAAACAAGACGACAUACCUUCCAAAUUUAAAUCUCAAAACGUCGCGGACAUCCAAAAUGAUACAGCAUUUUUGAGUCGUGAGGCCCAGACUCUUAUCGAAAGGAAGCUGGCGAAUUUGGACCUGGAGCCAACAGUUACGAAUGUUUCCAUACCCAAUGGAGAAGAUUCAACAAGCCUUAUAUGUCGAGCGCUAGUCUGCGGAAACUUGGAGGAAGCUGUAGAGUUGUGCUUGGAAGCCAACAGAGUAGCUGAUGCCCUUAUCAUUGCAUCUUUAGGUAGCCAAGAGCUAGUAUAUAAAGUGCAAAGGUAUCACCUAAACAAGACAGCAACAGACCCGGUGUCUCUGCUUAGCGGCAGCUUGCUUCGCAGUAAGUGGGACGCGCUCGUGAGGAGCUCAGCCCCAGCUAACUGGAAAGAUGUGCUGGCGGCCCUUGUGACGCAUUGUGAAAGCGAUGUGUUGGCCCAAUAUUGUGAACUGUUGGGUGACAAACUGUCUGAGGAGUCAGAUCCAUCGUACAGAAAAGCAGCACAACUGUGCUACGUAGUCAGUGCAGCUGGCGACGCAUUAGCGAAGCGACUGUUGCGCGACUUGCGUGAUGAAAAACGUGACGUCGGCGACGUUAGUACGCUGACGCAGCGCGCUCAACUCGCUCUAUUAUUGAAGACCGCUGCUGAAGCUAGAGGAAGACCAGUCAAGGAAGGGGGUAGUCUCACGAGUGUUCUUACUGAAUACGCGGGUAGAUUGGCAUCACAAGGUUGCCUUCAGAGCGCGUUAACAGCGCUCCAAGGUUCACCCUCUGAAAUGUAUGACAGGCUUGCCACAGCCUUAGGAAUAAUACAAAACCGAUUUGCACAGCAUCAUCCCCAACAACAGCCAUAUCUAGGACGAACCCGGACAGCGAGUGAACAGUCGCAGAAACGCUCACAUAUUUCAAAUAGCUACUUACCCAACGCCCCUUCUAUUGUGCCAAAACCAGAUGACCAGUGGCAAAGGCCAAACAACACGUGGGGUCAACCUCAACCCUUAGUUCCUCAACCGCAGUUGCCGCCUCAGCAACCUCAACAGCAAUCUCGACCAGGCAGCGUGGGACCACAAUCCGGUAUAACAUCCAGAUCUAAAUACAAAGUGGAUCCGUCAGUACAGUCGGCCCCUCUAUACAGCCAGUACGGUUUCAACAACCCAGUAACAGCCCAGCCCCAGUCCUAUGGUUAUAACAGCCCACUUCCAGAUCAAUACAAUUCGGCUAGUGUACCUACGCACAACUUCACACCGAUCAACCAACCUAACAUUCCAUCAAAUCCGUUAUCAAAUUAUCCCAAUAACCCAUUAAAUCCAGCUCCAUUAAACCCAGCAAAUCAGCCGGGGCAGUUGAACGGCAGCUAUUAUGCCUCACAGGGAAUAGAACCCGUAGCGGCCGCAGUGCCAUCAAAGCCUGUGGCACCUGGAUGGAAUGAUCCUCCAGUUAUGACAACUAAAGCUAAGCCAAAACAGGAAAUGCAACAGCAAGCCCCAAUAACGCAUCCGCUAUUUGGAGCCGAACCACCGCAGCACGUCCCCUUGAACCCACAAUUCCCAGGGCAACAGCAAUUCUCGGGCCAACAAUUACCUCCUCAACAACAUCCCGGACAGCAGAGUCAGUUCCCCGGACAGCAAAGUCAGUUCCCCGGUCAGCAGGGUCAGUUCCCCGGACAGCAGGGUCAGUUUCCGGGACAGCAGGGUCAGUUCCCAGGACAACAAUUCCCCGGACAAAAUCAGUAUCCCGGACAAUAUGAUCAGUAUCAAGGACAGUAUCAGCAACAAGGAUUUCAGCAACGGGCUGAGAGUCCAGCCCCAGUACAGACAGCGCCCGUACCAAAGCCCCCUAUUCCGGACCAGCAUCUCAUCUUGCAGACCACGUUCGAUCAGCUUAGAAACGACUGCGCAAACGCUACUUCGAAUGCAAUGGCGAAGCGGAAACUUCUAGAUAUUCAGAAGAAAUUAGAAAAUCUCUACGACCUCCUAAGAGAGAACAAGCUAUCCGACAACUCGCUGAGUACGCUCCACGCGUGCGCACAGUACAUCCAGGGCAGGGAUUACGCCAAUGCGCAGCAAGCCGUCACAUCCCUGGCAGGAGAUGUCGACUUCGCGGUCGUCGCAUCUUUCCUCCCGGCGCUAAAGAUGCUUUUGACAUUUGCGGAACAGCCACGAUAA